AUGCUGGCUUGUGUAUGUCACCCAUCUCGUGCGCACAAUCUCCCACGCCCUCUAGAGCCAGUGCACCGCCCGCGCCCACGACACGCGCCAGCCGCCCAUGCCUCACAUUUUGCUCACGACGCCUAUAGCACCUCUGUGUUCGACUUCAUAACCUAUAACUGUGACAAUUAUAAUAGUAAUGGCUCCGGCGUCGUAGAAAACGGAAAAGGCGAGAAUGAAGGAGGCGACCCCGGGGUUCAGAACCAGAAGACGCCCACCAUCGUCCUGCUGACCCCCGACGGGCGGUUCCACUCCCUCGGUUUCACGGCCCGGGACACGUACCACGACCUCGACCCGAAGGAAGCGAAGCGGUGGCUCUACUUCGACCGGUUCAAGAUGGCGCUGCAUGCCGAUCAGACGCUGAGCCGGGAGACGAUGCUGGAGGCGGCCAACGGCAGGAAGGUCCCCGCCCUGCAGAUCUUCAGCCACGCCCUCCGCUACUUCCGCGACCACGCCCUCCGGGAGCUGAGCGACCAGGCGGGCGUGACGGUGCUGGAGGAGGACGUCCGCUGGGUCAUCACCGUGCCCGCUAUAUGGAGUCAUCCGGCGAAGCAGUUCAUGAGGACGGCGGCGUACCAGGCCGGAAUGGGCUCGAGCGCGCGCCCGGAGCAGCUCCUGAUCGCCCUCGAACCCGAAGCGGCCGCCAUCUACUGCCGCCGCCUCCGCCGCCACCAGCUGCUGCCGGACCGGCCGCCGGACCUGCGGCAGCCGCGCCACAGCAGCACCUCGCCGCCGUCGCUGUCGCCGCUGCAGGAGAGCGGCUCCCCCAGCCCGGUGCCGGCGAUGCCCGAGCUAGACAGAGAGGAGCUGGUAACACAGGCAUACCGGAGGGUGGAGACGGUGGCAGACUGGCUACGAGAAGACACGGUGUACGCUGUGGUGGACUGCGGCGGCGGGACAGUGGACAUCACGGUGCACCAGAUGACGGACAGACUCACGGGGCACCUCAAGGAAUUGCACAAGGCUAGUGGCGGGCCCUAUGGAUCCACUGGCGUGGACGUGGAGUUCGAGCGCCUCCUGGAGACCCUCUUCGGCGGCGACUUCCUCAGCGCCUUCCGCCGGCAGCGCCCCGCGGCCUUCGUGGACCUCAUGAUCGCCUUCGAGUCGCGCAAGAGGAACGCGUCGCCGUUCAGGGAGAACCCGCUCAACAUCGCCCUGCCGUUCUCCUUCAUCGACCUCUUCAGGAAGUUCCGCGGGAAGGAUGUGGAGUGGGCGAUCAAAAAACACCAACAUCUGGGCGUGAGGUGGUCGGCGCAGGGCAUGUUGAGGGUCGAGCAGGAGACCAUGAGGCAGCUGUUCCUACCCACGCUCGCCAACAUCACGCAGGCCAUCGAGUCGGUCCUCUCGGCUCCUGAAGUGGGCCCGCUGCAGUACAUGUUUCUCGUGGGGGGCUUCGCUGAGUCAGAGCUCCUGCAGAAGCACAUCCGCGACGUCUUCGGACACCGAGUCAACGUCAUCAUCCCGCAGGGCAUGGGGCUGGCCAUCCUGCGCGGGGCGGUGCAGUUCGGGCUGGACCCGGGCGUGGUGACCGUGCGCCGCUCGCGCCUCACGUACGGCGUGGGCGUACUGAAUCGGUUCCAGCACGGCUUGCACCCGCCCGACAAGAGGGUCGUGGCGGCGGGCGCCGAGUGGUGCGCCGACGUGCUGGACCGCUUCGUGGCGGUGGACGAGAGCGUGGCGGUGGGCGACGUGGUGGUGCGCUCCUACACGCCCGCGACGCCCGCGCAGUCGACCGUCAUCCUGCACCUGUACGCCACGGAGAGACACGACGCCAAGUUCGUGACCGAGGACGGCGUGCGUCGCGUGGGAACCCUUCACCUCGACCUGGGAUCCCCUCCUCCUCUUCCUCCCCCUUCGCCUCCGCCGGGCACCGAGGAGGACUCCCUCCCGCAGCGACGGGAGAUCACCGUCCACAUGAAGUUCGGCGACACGGAGGUCAAGGCCUCUGCCGUCGACCACCUCACCGGCCAGUGCGUCCGCGCCAAUAUCGAUUUCUUAACACUCUAAUGCAUUGUGAUACAUGUAUGUGUGCGUGUGCGUGCGCGUGCGCUUCAAAGACAAGAUCGGUUAGCUUUCUCAUUUUACUUUGGCAUGAAGCUUGUCUGCAUUACGUACUGGCCGCGUGCGCUCCAAAGGAACUGGAGAAGGAUGCAUGGGGAGGCGAUGUCCUCGUCCAUUCCCUCCGAAGGACUUUGUCGCAAAAGGGGAUGAUCUGAUGUAUAAAUUCGAAGGAUUUAUGCAAGCUAGAUGUCUCGUUGCGAGCAACUGUAGUUCCAUAAGAAUAACACUAUUUAAUUUUAAUUUCAUAUGCAUACAUAAGCACUCAAUAGUCAGAAUAUUUUUAUAGUCUAGUUUCUCUUCUGAAUCCUAGUAUGAAAGAUUUUUUUUUCCUUUGCUGUAGAAAGACAAAUUAUCUCUUUAUAUUGUUAUGUUGAUAACAUGCUUCAGCAUUAUGCCAAAGGAUUGUGUACAUUUGUAAAAUUAUGAUGUUUGAAAUUUUAUUAUAGUUAAGUUAUAGAAAAGAGUGCUUGCUUGCCUCUCAGUAUUAGAUGGAUAUACAUAACAAGAUGUAUAUUACUUUGGUAUAAAUGAGGAACUUGCAAGCCAGUGCUCUAAAACAUCAAAGAAUCUUCCAAGAUACAGUUAAUCCCCUAAGACAAGUUAAGCAAAAGGCGAGAGAGAGAGAGAGAGAGAGAGAGAGAGAGAGAGAGAGAGAGAGAGAGAGAGAGAGAGAGAGAGAGAGAGAGAGAGAGAGAGAGAGAGAGAGAGAGAAAGAAAGAAAGGGGGAAGAAGAAAAAGGCGUGGGGAAAAAGCAGAAGACUGGAAAGAGAAAGAGAAAAAAAAAUGAGAAAAGAAGUGAAGAGGAGGAGGGGAGAGGAGGAGAGACACGGGCCGAGACAGACUCCAGAUAGCAUGGAGUGUUGCCAGCCCGCCAUCGACUCCCAGCGACCCCAUAAGAGCAGAUCCAGACAAGGAACACAUGGGCGAAGGGGACGGUGGUCAGCCUAAGCCCCUGGACACGAAAUACCCAACGCAACUUCUAGUCAGAUUUAGCAAAUGUUUUCCGUACGAGAAUUAUCCUUUGUGCUCAAACUGGAAAAACAAAACAAUAAGAAAUACAGAAAGAUAAGAUUCUUCUGCCGUUGUUCAAAUCUCCGUUGAUAAUUAGUCGUUUUGAAGUGUAAAAUCUUGAAUUAUAUCGUAGUUGCAAACAAAAGAAAGGGAUUUAAAAAAUUGCUUAGUAUAUGCCAAUCGUUACGUUGUACAGUCACUACCAAAUAUAUAUAGAGAAAAACAAACAAACAUGCCAGUCAUAUAUUAGGGUUACUGGAAUAAGACUUGUAUAUAAUCUCCUUGUGUUAUGUAUCUUAUAGACUAUAAUCUCAACCUUGUAAACUUACUCAGAGUUUGUGAUUCCAAGGCAUGUGUGACCCGUUGAAAGCUUUUUAAAAUCCAGACCUCUUUUUAUGCUGCAGGUAAAAAGUUGCUCUAAAUAAAAGUCUGGAUUUUAGGCUUUUAAUGAAUACACAUGUAUUAGUUAUGUAAGUAACAUGGAUUGGCAUACAGGUAUUGCUGAUCAGGUAUUAAAGAUUACAAUAAAGAUUU